UUUUUUUUUUUUUAAAUUUUUAAUUUUUUAUAUUUUCAACCUUAAAAUCCACCUUGAAUUAUGUUUUUGCCGUUGAGAUGGGCUUUGUUCUGAAGUUGUGAAUUUGUGAAGCCAAAAAUCUUUUGAGCCGGGGCCAUGGAUCGCCUGGAACGAGAGACGUUUACUGUGCCUUAUCCCUCGACCAGGAGGAAAUAUUUCGCACUACCACCAUGGAAAGAACCCUCAACCCAUUUUUCGGCGAGGAGUUUCAAUUCGAGGUGCCGCGAAAGUUUCGCUAUCUCGGUAUUUACGUGUACGACCGGGACAGGCACUUGAAGCAGGACAAAAUAUUGGGCAAAGUUGCGAUAAAGAGAGAGGAUCUCGCGACUUAUCACAACAAGGAGCAUUGGUUUCCGCUGAGGCCCGUCGACGCGGAUUCUGAGGUGCAGGGAAAAGCGCAUUUGGAGUUGGCCCUGCAGCCUCAAGCUGGUCACGCCCAGCCAAAGCUCACAGUUCGAGUCAUUGAAUGUAGCGAAUUGACGAUUAAAAAUGGCGGCUGUGAUCCAUUCGCUACUGUCACUGUACUUUACAGCAAUGGCAAACAAAUAUCCAAGCGUACGAAAGUCAAGAAGAAAACUGUUUCUCCAUAUUUUAACGAAACGUUCGUUUUCGAGCCGGAAUUGACGGAGUCGAAGGACAAGGACGUUUCGCAUUACUCGAUCGAUGGAGAAGUGGGCGAAGUGGUCGUCGGCCUUUGGCACGCUUCUCCAGGAAUGGGAGAGCAGCCAGCCUUCCUCGGCGAGGUUCGGGUGACCCUGCGUGGCCUGCAGAAGCAACCGACGAGCUCCACAACGGCUUGGUACUUUUUACAACCUCGGUCGGCCAAAAAUCGUCCUAGCAAAAUAACGAGCAACGCAACUUCGCCCUCGACGAUAUCCGGACUGGGCUCGUUACGAGUCAAAAUUCAUUACACCGCCGAUCACGUUUUCCCCUCGGAAAUGUACGACAGACUCAGACGCCUCCUCCUUCAAAGCGUCGGCAUCCAACCCAUCACUUCGUCCGCUGUUUAUAUCCUCGGCGAAAUAGUCUCCAGCAAAAUGGAAGCUGCCCAACCGCUCGUUCGCGUUCUCGUGCAUCAUGGCCAACUUGUUUCCGUCAUGCGAGCUUUAGCUAGUCACGAAAUAUCCAAGUUGACGGACCCAACGACGAUUUUCCGAGGGAACACGUUAGUGAGUAAAAUGAUGGACGAAGGGAUGCGCCUCGCUGGAUUGCGUUACUUGCACAGUACGCUUCGACCUGCGAUGGAGCAAGUGUUUUUGGAGAGAAAGCCGUGCGAGAUUGAUCCAACGCGAGUCAAAGAUUCCAACACGAUUCAAGCCAAUUUGGCGAACCUUAAGGAAUACGUCGAAAGGGUAUUUACCGCGAUAACGACUUCCGGCGUGAGAUGUCCACCUCUCAUGUGCGAAAUGUUUUGGUGCCUCCGCGAACUCGCCGCCACUCAUUUUCCUAAGAACAAAGAAGUUCGCUACUCCGUCAUCAGCGGAUUCAUUUUUCUACGGUUUUUUGCACCCGCCAUCCUCGGCCCGAGACUUUUCGACAUCACCAACGAACAGAUUGAUACUCAAACGAACAGAACGCUCACCCUCAUCUCCAAGACAAUACAAAGCCUUGGGAAUUUGGUUAGCUGUCGUGGCGGGGCCGGAAGCGUCUGUAAAGAGGAAUACAUGGAAUGCGUUUACAGGGAAUUUUAUACGGAAAAACACAUUCAGGCGGUGAAGCAAUUUCUAGAACUUAUUUCGACGAGCAGCAGCAGCGGAAUCAACAGGCAAAGGCCAACGAUCCUGCAGGAACAACCAGUCGUACUGAAAGAAGGAACGUACUUUCUCUUUGUGCACUCGGCUGAUUGUGGCAAGAGAGUCAUGAUCAAAAGGGCCCAAGGCCGGAAACGCUUCGGGCGUAAAAAUUUCAAGCAGAGAUACUUCAGACUGACUACGCAAGAUUUGACCUACUCCAAAACGAAAGGAAAGGAGCCCUUGUGUACAAUAUCGCUGGAAGAAAUUCUAGCAGUGGAGAGGCUGCACGAGGAUUCAUUUAAGAUGAAAAAUAUGUUUCAAAUCGUUCAGCCCCAGCGAGCGCUUUACGUUCAGGCUGGUAACUGCGUCGAGGAGAAAGAGUGGAUUGAUAUUUUGACGAAAAUUUGUCAUACCAAUAGCAAUCGACUGGAGAGGUAUCAUCCCAGUGCUUACAUCAACGGACAUUGGUUGUGUUGUCGAGCAAUGUCAGAAAUAGCGCCAGGGUGCAGCGAAGUGUCGCCGGGGAUCGAGGCCGGAUUGCGGAUGGUUCUCGACCCCGAUCGGGACCUGCAGCGGAUCCAUUCCCUCGUAUUCACCAACAUGCCGCGUCUCGAGACUCUCAUGAGCGCUUGCGAGUGUCAGGCGGUUUACGGGGCGAGCGAAAUGUGCGUUUUGCCAGGCGGAGGCUCGCCGAUCGAGGACGUUCCUUCGUGCUUCAAAACCCUCAACGCCCUGCGGGAAGCAGCCUUCGCUUUGCAGCACGAGCAUCGCGCUUAUUUCCGGAGAUUGGCGCGGGACACGAAAUACGGUAGCAAGCAAGCCCCGAUCGGCGACGACAAUUACUUGCAUCUGGCGGCGCGAGCAGGCUUCGACAGUCAAUUAACAAAGCGUACGUACGAGAACGAGGUCGGUUUGAAUUCGAGUACUCGAUUGACGAUGGACAACGAGCAUUAUUGCGAGGGAAUGAACCGGCGAAUCGAGGAGCGUCGGUACGACGAUUCGAUGCGAAAGUGUUUGGAUUCGGACUCGAUAAAUCGUCGUUACGACAAGGAUAAUUCGAACAAUUCGGUGAUGCGACGAUGCUACGAUAGCAGCGAGACGAUGAGGAGCGUACAAAACGAUUUAAUCAAAUUCGACAACGGCUUGAACAGUUCUUCGUUGACGAGGACCGGGGAAAGGAAUGGGAACGAGAAUCUCGAUAACAAUCGACGUUUGAUCGACAAUACAAGUAUUUUGACGAGCGAAGGAAUAAGCUUGUCAGGAACGUUGUCAAGAAAAUUAAGCAAUUAUGAGAACACGAGGAAGAUUGAUGAUUCGACGUUGAACCGACGUUUGAGGGACGAUUCUUCCGAUAUUUCAUCGUGUUCCAUUAGCGGUCGUGGCAAUCAUUGACGUGACAUGAAAAAUCGUCGAAAUUUAUCAUUAUUUAAUAUUAUUAUUAUUAUUCAAUUAAUUAAUUCAUGAACUAUUAAUUAUUGGUAAUCGUUAAGAGGAAAUUCUCUCUCUCGUUCCUGAAUUAAUCGCGUUUUAGCGAGAAUAUUAUCGCGAGAGUAUCGGCAAACGUACCGGAAUCAUUUGUUUUCUCAUCGGAAAUUCCCAUUUUUUGCGCUAUCCUCGUAAAUUUUCUUCAACGGAGCUUCACAAUUCGCGAAUUUUCGGGGCCCAAGCCCCCCAUUUUUCCCUCACGUUUUAAACCCUCUGCUCGAAUAAUUUGCUCUCGCAAGCCUCGCUUCGAUCGAAAUCUCUACUAUUUAUUUAUUUAUUCUCCCGAACAAUCUGUUGGCUGCCCCUUUUUAGCCACUCGAAAAGGCACAUUUGAGGGAAUUAUCUUUCCGUGUGAUACAUGACACAGCGCGAAAGUGCGAAAACGAUUAAUUAGGCUCUUCGAAAGCGCUCCGAAGAUUAGAGUAAUCUCAAUUUCUUUCGAUCGUUCCUCAAUCAGCGUGCAUUUCACGUUUUUCAAUUUUUUUUCGGCCCGAAAAACCUCGAAUAUUGUUUCAGACGCGAUUUUUUAGUUCCACCAUUUGACAAAGUCCUAAAGACCCACAUUUCGGCUUGCAUCGAUUGGAAACCGAAAUUUGAGUAACAUCAAUAUUUGCUGUCAAAAAGAAAUUCCAUACUUUUUCAUUACACCAUUUUCACCUAAGACGAAAGAGAAAAACGCGAACAAAAAACCACGCAACAACGUCGACCCUCGAGAAAUAACGAUCUAGAUAGUUGCCACUGAACUGAAUUAGCUGUAGGCCUAAACUAACGACUAAAACCGCGACAUUUUCUUCCUUCAUUUCUCUCAAUGCUGAAUCGCAUUUACAAUAAAAAAAACAAACAAAGUGACAAAAUACUGAAACAAAAAUGGUCGCAAAAAGGGCGUAUCACUGAGAAAAAGAUCUUGUUAGGUUAUGAGUUUUUAAAAAAUUGACCAUUUUUUCACGCAAACGUUCGAGCUGAAAAAGUUGAUUUUUUUUAUCCCCUCAAAGAUAGAAAAAACUCAUUUGUUUUCGCACCGACAAACCCGGGGGAGCUCGUUCGCCAAGUUUUGUACCUUAAAAAUGCAGAACUCGGAGUUGGUGCUAAAUUUUAAAAGCCUGACACACAGUUUACAAUGAUCAAACCAUUAUUAUUAUCGUUAUUACAAUUAAUUAUUAAUUAUUAAUAUCAUUUGAUGAAUAUCAUUGUAAUAGAUGUUACAAUUAUUAUAAUUAUUUCUACUAUUAUAAUGGAUUAUUGAAACGUUGAAAAUUGCAAUUGUCAGUACAAUUAAAUCGUUAAAUAUAUAUAAAUAUAUUUAUAUAUAUAUACAUUCAAGGUUCGAAUGAAACCGAACGAAAUAUUAGUAAGGGUGAAAUAUUUCGAGAUGGAAAUGACAAGAGAAAAAUAUUCUUCACAAUUUUUCUCUUUAUAUUACCAUUGUCAAAUAUGCCAUAUUAAAGUUAUGAAUAUAUAAGAAUUCCCUCCAUUUUUAGUAGCCAAUUAACGAUCGAAAUCGAAAGCGUUAAUUGACCGGUUAAAUAAAUUUUUUUUGUUUUCUUUUUCUCUCUUUUUCUCAUUUUUUUCAAUGAACACCAAUCAUUUAUUUUGUACAGUUAAACAAUUACGAUUGUUAGAGAAAAGUGAGAAAAUCGAUGGGGAGUAGAGAUAAAUGUUAUUCGAAUUAUUCGACCAUAUAAAAACGAAAAAAAAAAAAAAAAAAAAAAAUUCGUAAAAGAAGUAAUUUUUCAAUGUUUUCAGUAAAUCUUUGUACAGUGUACAGAAUUCUUCGUUUUUCACGGUUUUAGAUUAAAUAAUGAAUUUUUUGACCCUCGAUUUUAGAUUAAACGUGUACGGGGGCCUCGAGAUCGAUGGUACGAAGGCUUUCGGGAUCAAACUUCCAGGGGACUGGAGUCUUGGAAUGAUUUUUCAUUCGCUUCUCCUGACGAGUCGUCGAUCAUCGAAGUUCACGGCAGUCUGUUCUUCUGACGAUGAUAUCGUCGAAACGGUUGGAGAUAGAGCGACGAUGUAUAGGACCAAUCUUGUAGAGCGGUAAAUUUCCUACGAAAAAGUCCUUGAAGAUUUUUUUUCAUCACUAGUAGUUUAGCUCCGAGAGCGGAUCGAAGAACAGCCUGCGAAAUUACUUAGCACGACACACGCUCACCUUUGACACGUGCUCAGGCCCGAACUACUGGGAAUAGAAAAAAAAAUAUUCAUCACUUUUUUGUAGGAAAUUUUGUGCUCUACGACUUUGGUCCUGUGGAGUUUUGCCCUAUGAGCAACGGUUACGGCGAUAUUCCCUAGGAAAGCAAAAUUCGUCGCUCCUCGGGAGAAGUGAUGAAAAAUAGCUUCCACGACUCUUCGCCUUGGCAUUUCGUCCCAAAACUCGAGUCUACGUUUUGUACCUCCCGCCUCGGGAACCCCUGCACUCCUAAGGGCUAAUAUUUAGGCGAAAUACGAAAAUAUAAAGGCAAAAAGCCUUCGUAGCCAAAUCAAAGUGUACAGACGUCAAAAAAAAGUAAAAUGCAACAAAUAGAUCCAAACAUUGUGCUUCGGGAUCGACCUAAACAUAUCUCAAGAGUAAUAAUUCAAGAUAAACCCUUUCUCAGCUUUCAAUAAAAAGUGGCUUGAAAGUUUCGUGGACUAUUAACUAAAUGAUAAUGAUAAAAUAAAGGGAAAAGCGUUUCGUGGUCCAAGUUAUGUACAAGUUAGCUCAGAGACAAUCGGAUUACGUAACUUUAAAUCCAUUCGAUAUCUAAUAAUAAUAAUAUUCUCCGACAAACGAAAACCAGAUUAUUUCCAAUACUUUACGACUUUGUUUCCGCUCGAUGAUUUCCCCUUGGCCCCGAAUUUAUCAUCAACAACCGAAAAAAAUGUCUGAUUCCAUCAAAAAAUUACGAAAAUCGAAACCAAAAUUUUCAUUUUUAAAAUAAAAAAACUCGAAAUUACAGUUUUACAAAAUCCUCGAAUAAAUUCGUCUUAAAAUGACUGUAAAAAUAAUAAAUCCAAACUUGAAAAUGAAAAAAAUGUUUUUUGGAGCCUCCAAAAAUGUUUACUCGAAACUCGAAAAUUCUAAUCAAAAAUAUCUUCUAUUUUUCAAAAUGUGAAUCGAAGAGCGACUAAAUGUUAGACUGCAACCUUCAGAGGCGGUUGAAGAGCGGAAAAUUUCUUCCGGAAUAUCUCUCAGAAAAAUAGGAAAAAAUGAUUGUUUCUUUUGAAAAACGUGUGAAUUAAGGUGCGAUUUAAGGUGAAAUGCGUGCGUUUUCAAAGUUGAUUUUAUAAAGUUGGUUAUGUUAAUGGUAAUUCUACUUAUGAACGGUAUUAUUUAUAUUAGAUAUUAUUGUAUUAAUAAUUUAAUAACGAUUUUGUAUAUCGAUUUAUUCUGUUGUUCUCUUCGUUGUGUUCACACCAAGUAACUAUUGUUAUUUUUUCAGUAAUAAAAAAAACACACACACACACAGAGUAAAAAGAAAAUGGCGAGAGAAAAGAAAUGAAAAUAUGAAGAAUCCUUAGGAUAGAUCGUGCCUUGAUAACAAGCAAAAGCAACAACAAAAAAGUUUAUGAAUAAAAAAGGAAUUUUUUCAAUACGAUGAAGUCAAGAUUUUCAAAACGUGUAUCAACCUUCGUUUUUCCAAGGCGUAUAUAUAUACGAAUAUUUAAGUGGGCCUGAGUGUGUGUGCGCUAAGGAGAAAAAUCUAAUUGUUCGAAUGUGAAUUAUUUAAUGGAACAAAAAUACUGUAAACUGCUCGGUGGUGCACGAGAUUUUCGUGCACUUUUUUCAUAUUGUACAUAUCGUUUUUUUUCUCCUGCAAUAAAAACAAAACGAUUUCCUCUAA